GCUUGCCCGUGCGAAGAAACGCCCCGUGCGCACCACCGUUGGGCGGUUGGAAGCCGCACACGGUCGCGGGGGUGGAGAGCGGAAACGGGCAGCCGGGGGAGGGUGGGGGCGGUUGGAUGGGACUGGGGUGUACGGGGGGCAGGGGAGUUGAGGGGGCAAGGGGAGGGGCAGCAACGGGCAGGGGCUGGGCCAGCUGAGGGCACGGAAAAGGGGCGGGCAGAGGGUGAGCAGCGGGGCGAGCGAUGCAAGGGAGGCACCAUAGGGGGGAAACCAGUUGCACGGAGGUGGGAGGUGAGGGGCGUGCGAGGGGGUGGGAAAGGGGCAGGGAGGGGCGGAAUGGGAGGACGUGGGUGGGGGGUGGGGGAGGGGAGUGGAGGGGAGAAGCAAUGGGUGAGGGGAAAACAAGGGAGGGGCAGAGGGGGGGCAGGGAGGGAAGAAACGUGGGGCAGGGAGGGGAGAAGCCAAAGACAGGGGCAUGGGCAGGCGGGGGCAGGGAGGGAGCAAAGGAGAGGCACGGAGAAAGAAAGGGAGGCGCGGGGAGGGGAGAAACCGGGCGUGGGGGGGCGGAAAAUGAGGGGCAGGGCGGGGAGGAGGGAGGGGCAGGGAGGGGAGAAGCUGAGCACACGGAGGGGGGAAAGGUGGGGCAGGGAGGUAGGAAGCCAAGGGCAAGGGGGGGAGAGUGGGGGAGCAGGGAGAGGGGGGAGGUGGGGAGCGGAGAAAGGCGGCGAGGGGCAGGGAGGGGAGAAACCAAGCAUAGGGGGGCGAGAUACGAGGGGCAGGGUGCGGAUUGAGGAGGGGCAGGGAGUGGAGUGGGUCGGCGAGGGGAAGGAAGAGGCGUGCAGCAGAGGAGGGGAGGGGGGAGGAGAAGGUAAACGAGGGGAGCGCACGGGCGGGGAGGAGCGAAUGGCGGGCGGUGGGAAACGGCGAGGGGGGCAGGGAGGGUCAAAAGAGGCGGCAAGGGAGCGGGCACGCGGAGGGUGGGGGCGGGGGGGAGCGGAUGGCAUGAGGAGGCAGGGGGCUUGCCCGUGCGAAGAAACGCCCCGUGCGCACCACCGUUGGGCGGUUGGAAGCCGCACACGGUCGCGGGGGUGGAGAGCGGAAACGGGCAGCCGGGGGAGGGUGGGGGCGGUUGGAUGGGACUGGGGUGUACGGGGGGCAGGGGAGUUGAGGGGGCAAGGGGAGGGGCAGCAACGGGCAGGGGCUGGGCCAGCUGAGGGCACGGAAAAGGGGCGGGCAGAGGGUGAGCAGCGGGGCGAGCGAUGCAAGGGAGGCACCAUAGGGGGGAAACCAGUUGCACGGAGGUGGGAGGUGAGGGGCGUGCGAGGGGGUGGGAAAGGGGCAGGGAGGGGCGGAAUGGGAGGACGUGGGUGGGGGGUGGGGGAGGGGAGUGGAGGGGAGAAGCAAUGGGUGAGGGGAAAACAAGGGAGGGGCAGAGGGGGGGCAGGGAGGGAAGAAACGUGGGGCAGGGAGGGGAGAAGCCAAAGACAGGGGCAUGGGCAGGCGGGGGCAGGGAGGGAGCAAAGGAGAGGCACGGAGAAAGAAAGGGAGGCGCGGGGAGGGGAGAAACCGGGCGUGGGGGGGCGGAAAAUGAGGGGCAGGGCGGGGAGGAGGGAGGGGCAGGGAGGGGAGAAGCUGAGCACACGGAGGGGGGAAAGGUGGGGCAGGGAGGUAGGAAGCCAAGGGCAAGGGGGGGAGAGUGGGGGAGCAGGGAGAGGGGGGAGGUGGGGAGCGGAGAAAGGCGGCGAGGGGCAGGGAGGGGAGAAACCAAGCAUAGGGGGGCGAGAUACGAGGGGCAGGGUGCGGAUUGAGGAGGGGCAGGGAGUGGAGUGGGUCGGCGAGGGGAAGGAAGAGGCGUGCAGCAGAGGAGGGAAGGGGGGAGGAGAAGGUAAACGAGGGGAGCGCACGGGCGGGGAGGAGCGAAUGGCGGGCGGUGGGAAACGGCGAGGGGGGCAGGGAGGGUCAAAAGAGGCGGCAAGGGAGCGGGCACGCGGAGGGUGGGGGCGGGGGGGAGCGGAUGGCAUGAGGAGGCAGGGGGCUUGCCCGUGCGAAGAAACGCCCCGUGCGCACCACCGUUGGGCGGUUGGAAGCCGCACACGGUCGCGGGGGUGGAGAGCGGAAACGGGCAGCCGGGGGAGGGUGGGGGCGGUUGGAUGGGACUGGGGUGUACGGGGGGCAGGGGAGUUGAGGGGGCAAGGGGAGGGGCAGCAACGGGCAGGGGCUGGGCCAGCUGAGGGCACGGAAAAGGGGCGGGCAGAGGGUGAGCAGAGGGGCGAGCGAUGCAAGGGAGGCACCAUAGGGGGGAAACCAGUUGCACGGAGGUGGGAGGUGAGGGGCGUGCGAGGGGGUGGGAAAGGGGCAGGGAGGGGCGGAAUGGGAGGACGUGGGUGGGGGGUGGGGGAGGGGAGUGGAGGGGAGAAGCAAUGGGUGAGGGGAAAACAAGGGAGGGGCAGAGGGGGGGCAGGGAGGGAAGAAACGUGGGGCAGGGAGGGGAGAAGCCAAAGACAGGGGCAUGGGCAGGCGGGGGCAGGGAGGGAGCAAAGGAGAGGCACGGAGAAAGAAAGGGAGGCGCGGGGAGGGGAGAAACCGGGCGUGGGGGGGCGGAAAAUGAGGGGCAGGGCGGGGAGGAGGGAGGGGCAGGGAGGGGAGAAGCUGAGCACACGGAGGGGGGAAAGGUGGGGCAGGGAGGUAGGAAGCCAAGGGCAAGGGGGGGAGAGUGGGGGAGCAGGGAGAGGGGGGAGGUGGGGAGCGGAGAAAGGCGGCGAGGGGCAGGGAGGGGAGAAACCAAGCAUAGGGGGGCGAGAUACGAGGGGCAGGGUGCGGAUUGAGGAGGGGCAGGGAGUGGAGUGGGUCGGCGAGGGGAAGGAAGAGGCGUGCAGCAGAGGAGGGGAAGGGGGGAGGAGAAGGGGGCAAGGGGAGGGGCAGCAACGGGCAGGGGCUGGGCCAGCUGAGGGCACGGAAAAGGGGCGGGCAGAGGGUGAGCAGAGGGGCGAGCGAUGCAAGGGAGGCACCAUAGGGGGGAAACCAGUUGCACGGAGGUGGGAGGUGAGGGGCGUGCGAGGGGGUGGGAAAGGGGCAGGGAGGGGCGGAAUGGGAGGACGUGGGUGGGGGGUGGGGGAGGGGAGUGGAGGGGAGAAGCAAUGGGUGAGGGGAAAACAAGGGAGGGGCAGAGGGGGGGCAGGGAGGGAAGAAACGUGGGGCAGGGAGGGGAGAAGCCAAAGACAGGGGCAUGGGCAGGCGGGGGCAGGGAGGGAGCAAAGGAGAGGCACGGAGAAAGAAAGGGAGGCGCGGGGAGGGGAGAAACCGGGCGUGGGGGGGCGGAAAAUGAGGGGCAGGGCGGGGAGGAGGGAGGGGCAGGGAGGGGAGAAGCUGAGCACACGGAGGGGGGAAAGGUGGGGCAGGGAGGUAGGAAGCCAAGGGCAAGGGGGGGAGAGUGGGGGAGCAGGGAGAGGGGGGAGGUGGGGAGCGGAGAAAGGCGGCGAGGGGCAGGGAGGGGAGAAACCAAGCAUAGGGGGGCGAGAUACGAGGGGCAGGGUGCGGAUUGAGGAGGGGCAGGGAGUGGAGUGGGUCGGCGAGGGGAAGGAAGAGGCGUGCAGCAGAGGAGGGGAGGGGGGAGGAGAAGGUAAACGAGGGGAGCGCACGGGCGGGGAGGAGCGAAUGGCGGGCGGUGGGAAACGGCGAGGGGGGCAGGGAGGGUCAAAAGAGGCGGCAAGGGAGCGGGCACGCGGAGGGUGGGGGCGGGGGGGAGCGGAUGGCAUGAGGAGGCAGGGGGCUUGCCCGUGCGAAGAAACGCCCCGUGCGCACCACCGUUGGGCGGUUGGAAGCCGCACACGGUCGCGGGGGUGGAGAGCGGAAACGGGCAGCCGGGGGAGGGUGGGGGCGGUUGGAUGGGACUGGGGUGUACGGGGGGCAGGGGAGUUGAGGGGGCAAGGGGAGGGGCAGCAACGGGCAGGGGCUGGGCCAGCUGAGGGCACGGAAAAGGGGCGGGCAGAGGGUGAGCAGCGGGGCGAGCGAUGCAAGGGAGGCACCAUAGGGGGGAAACCAGUUGCACGGAGGUGGGAGGUGAGGGGCGUGCGAGGGGGUGGGAAAGGGGCAGGGAGGGGCGGAAUGGGAGGACGUGGGUGGGGGGUGGGGGAGGGGAGUGGAGGGGAGAAGCAAUGGGUGAGGGGAAAACAAGGGAGGGGCAGAGGGGGGGCAGGGAGGGAAGAAACGUGGGGCAGGGAGGGGAGAAGCCAAAGACAGGGGCAUGGGCAGGCGGGGGCAGGGAGGGAGCAAAGGAGAGGCACGGAGAAAGAAAGGGAGGCGCGGGGAGGGGAGAAACCGGGCGUGGGGGGGCGGAAAAUGAGGGGCAGGGCGGGGAGGAGGGAGGGGCAGGGAGGGGAGAAGCUGAGCACACGGAGGGGGGAAAGGUGGGGCAGGGAGGUAGGAAGCCAAGGGCAAGGGGGGGAGAGUGGGGGAGCAGGGAGAGGGGGGAGGUGGGGAGCGGAGAAAGGCGGCGAGGGGCAGGGAGGGGAGAAACCAAGCAUAGGGGGGCGAGAUACGAGGGGCAGGGUGCGGAUUGAGGAGGGGCAGGGAGUGGAGUGGGUCGGCGAGGGGAAGGAAGAGGCGUGCAGCAGAGGAGGGGAGGGGGGAGGAGAAGGUAAACGAGGGGAGCGCACGGGCGGGGAGGAGCGAAUGGCGGGCGGUGGGAAACGGCGAGGGGGGCAGGGAGGGUCAAAAGAGGCGGCAAGGGAGCGGGCACGCGGAGGGUGGGGGCGGGGGGGAGCGGAUGGCAUGAGGAGGCAGGGGGCUUGCCCGUGCGAAGAAACGCCCCGUGCGCACCACCGUUGGGCGGUUGGAAGCCGCACACGGUCGCGGGGGUGGAGAGCGGAAACGGGCAGCCGGGGGAGGGUGGGGGCGGUUGGAUGGGACUGGGGUGUACGGGGGGCAGGGGAGUUGAGGGGGCAAGGGGAGGGGCAGCAACGGGCAGGGGCUGGGCCAGCUGAGGGCACGGAAAAGGGGCGGGCAGAGGGUGAGCAGCGGGGCGAGCGAUGCAAGGGAGGCACCAUAGGGGGGAAACCAGUUGCACGGAGGUGGGAGGUGAGGGGCGUGCGAGGGGGUGGGAAAGGGGCAGGGAGGGGCGGAAUGGGAGGACGUGGGUGGGGGGUGGGGGAGGGGAGUGGAGGGGAGAAGCAAUGGGUGAGGGGAAAACAAGGGAGGGGCAGAGGGGGGGCAGGGAGGGAAGAAACGUGGGGCAGGGAGGGGAGAAGCCAAAGACAGGGGCAUGGGCAGGCGGGGGCAGGGAGGGAGCAAAGGAGAGGCACGGAGAAAGAAAGGGAGGCGCGGGGAGGGGAGAAACCGGGCGUGGGGGGGCGGAAAAUGAGGGGCAGGGCGGGGAGGAGGGAGGGGCAGGGAGGGGAGAAGCUGAGCACACGGAGGGGGGAAAGGUGGGGCAGGGAGGUAGGAAGCCAAGGGCAAGGGGGGGAGAGUGGGGGAGCAGGGAGAGGGGGGAGGUGGGGAGCGGAGAAAGGCGGCGAGGGGCAGGGAGGGGAGAAACCAAGCAUAGGGGGGCGAGAUACGAGGGGCAGGGUGCGGAUUGAGGAGGGGCAGGGAGUGGAGUGGGUCGGCGAGGGGAAGGAAGAGGCGUGCAGCAGAGGAGGGGAAGGGGGGAGGAGAAGGGGGCAAGGGGAGGGGCAGCAACGGGCAGGGGCUGGGCCAGCUGAGGGCACGGAAAAGGGGCGGGCAGAGGGUGAGCAGAGGGGCGAGCGAUGCAAGGGAGGCACCAUAGGGGGGAAACCAGUUGCACGGAGGUGGGAGGUGAGGGGCGUGCGAGGGGGUGGGAAAGGGGCAGGGAGGGGCGGAAUGGGAGGACGUGGGUGGGGGGUGGGGGAGGGGAGUGGAGGGGAGAAGCAAUGGGUGAGGGGAAAACAAGGGAGGGGCAGAGGGGGGGCAGGGAGGGAAGAAACGUGGGGCAGGGAGGGGAGAAGCCAAAGACAGGGGCAUGGGCAGGCGGGGGCAGGGAGGGAGCAAAGGAGAGGCACGGAGAAAGAAAGGGAGGCGCGGGGAGGGGAGAAACCGGGCGUGGGGGGGCGGAAAAUGAGGGGCAGGGCGGGGAGGAGGGAGGGGCAGGGAGGGGAGAAGCUGAGCACACGGAGGGGGGAAAGGUGGGGCAGGGAGGUAGGAAGCCAAGGGCAAGGGGGGGAGAGUGGGGGAGCAGGGAGAGGGGGGAGGUGGGGAGCGGAGAAAGGCGGCGAGGGGCAGGGAGGGGAGAAACCAAGCAUAGGGGGGCGAGAUACGAGGGGCAGGGUGCGGAUUGAGGAGGGGCAGGGAGUGGAGUGGGUCGGCGAGGGGAAGGAAGAGGCGUGCAGCAGAGGAGGGGAGGGGGGAGGAGAAGGUAAACGAGGGGAGCGCACGGGCGGGGAGGAGCGAAUGGCGGGCGGUGGGAAACGGCGAGGGGGGCAGGGAGGGUCAAAAGAGGCGGCAAGGGAGCGGGCACGCGGAGGGUGGGGGCGGGGGGGAGCGGAUGGCAUGAGGAGGCAGGGGGCUUGCCCGUGCGAAGAAACGCCCCGUGCGCACCACCGUUGGGCGGUUGGAAGCCGCACACGGUCGCGGGGGUGGAGAGCGGAAACGGGCAGCCGGGGGAGGGUGGGGGCGGUUGGAUGGGACUGGGGUGUACGGGGGGCAGGGGAGUUGAGGGGGCAAGGGGAGGGGCAGCAACGGGCAGGGGCUGGGCCAGCUGAGGGCACGGAAAAGGGGCGGGCAGAGGGUGAGCAGAGGGGCGAGCGAUGCAAGGGAGGCACCAUAGGGGGGAAACCAGUUGCACGGAGGUGGGAGGUGAGGGGCGUGCGAGGGGGUGGGAAAGGGGCAGGGAGGGGCGGAAUGGGAGGACGUGGGUGGGGGGUGGGGGAGGGGAGUGGAGGGGAGAAGCAAUGGGUGAGGGGAAAACAAGGGAGGGGCAGAGGGGGGGCAGGGAGGGAAGAAACGUGGGGCAGGGAGGGGAGAAGCCAAAGACAGGGGCAUGGGCAGGCGGGGGCAGGGAGGGAGCAAAGGAGAGGCACGGAGAAAGAAAGGGAGGCGCGGGGAGGGGAGAAACCGGGCGUGGGGGGGCGGAAAAUGAGGGGCAGGGCGGGGAGGAGGGAGGGGCAGGGAGGGGAGAAGCUGAGCACACGGAGGGGGGAAAGGUGGGGCAGGGAGGUAGGAAGCCAAGGGCAAGGGGGGGAGAGUGGGGGAGCAGGGAGAGGGGGGAGGUGGGGAGCGGAGAAAGGCGGCGAGGGGCAGGGAGGGGAGAAACCAAGCAUAGGGGGGCGAGAUACGAGGGGCAGGGUGCGGAUUGAGGAGGGGCAGGGAGUGGAGUGGGUCGGCGAGGGGAAGGAAGAGGCGUGCAGCAGAGGAGGGGAGGGGGGAGGAGAAGGUAAACGAGGGGAGCGCACGGGCGGGGAGGAGCGAAUGGCGGGCGGUGGGAAACGGCGAGGGGGGCAGGGAGGGUCAAAAGAGGCGGCAAGGGAGCGGGCACGCGGAGGGUGGGGGCGGGGGGGAGCGGAUGGCAUGAGGAGGCAGGGGGCUUGCCCGUGCGAAGAAACGCCCCGUGCGCACCACCGUUGGGCGGUUGGAAGCCGCACACGGUCGCGGGGGUGGAGAGCGGAAACGGGCAGCCGGGGGAGGGUGGGGGCGGUUGGAUGGGACUGGGGUGUACGGGGGGCAGGGGAGUUGAGGGGGCAAGGGGAGGGGCAGCAACGGGCAGGGGCUGGGCCAGCUGAGGGCACGGAAAAGGGGCGGGCAGAGGGUGAGCAGCGGGGCGAGCGAUGCAAGGGAGGCACCAUAGGGGGGAAACCAGUUGCACGGAGGUGGGAGGUGAGGGGCGUGCGAGGGGGUGGGAAAGGGGCAGGGAGGGGCGGAAUGGGAGGACGUGGGUGGGGGGUGGGGGAGGGGAGUGGAGGGGAGAAGCAAUGGGUGAGGGGAAAACAAGGGAGGGGCAGAGGGGGGGCAGGGAGGGAAGAAACGUGGGGCAGGGAGGGGAGAAGCCAAAGACAGGGGCAUGGGCAGGCGGGGGCAGGGAGGGAGCAAAGGAGAGGCACGGAGAAAGAAAGGGAGGCGCGGGGAGGGGAGAAACCGGGCGUGGGGGGGCGGAAAAUGAGGGGCAGGGCGGGGAGGAGGGAGGGGCAGGGAGGGGAGAAGCUGAGCACACGGAGGGGGGAAAGGUGGGGCAGGGAGGUAGGAAGCCAAGGGCAAGGGGGGGAGAGUGGGGGAGCAGGGAGAGGGGGGAGGUGGGGAGCGGAGAAAGGCGGCGAGGGGCAGGGAGGGGAGAAACCAAGCAUAGGGGGGCGAGAUACGAGGGGCAGGGUGCGGAUUGAGGAGGGGCAGGGAGUGGAGUGGGUCGGCGAGGGGAAGGAAGAGGCGUGCAGCAGAGGAGGGGAGGGGGGAGGAGAAGGUAAACGAGGGGAGCGCACGGGCGGGGAGGAGCGAAUGGCGGGCGGUGGGAAACGGCGAGGGGGGCAGGGAGGGUCAAAAGAGGCGGCAAGGGAGCGGGCACGCGGAGGGUGGGGGCGGGGGGGAGCGGAUGGCAUGAGGAGGCAGGGGGCUUGCCCGUGCGAAGAAACGCCCCGUGCGCACCACCGUUGGGCGGUUGGAAGCCGCACACGGUCGCGGGGGUGGAGAGCGGAAACGGGCAGCCGGGGGAGGGUGGGGGCGGUUGGAUGGGACUGGGGUGUACGGGGGGCAGGGGAGUUGAGGGGGCAAGGGGAGGGGCAGCAACGGGCAGGGGCUGGGCCAGCUGAGGGCACGGAAAAGGGGCGGGCAGAGGGUGAGCAGCGGGGCGAGCGAUGCAAGGGAGGCACCAUAGGGGGGAAACCAGUUGCACGGAGGUGGGAGGUGAGGGGCGUGCGAGGGGGUGGGAAAGGGGCAGGGAGGGGCGGAAUGGGAGGACGUGGGUGGGGGGUGGGGGAGGGGAGUGGAGGGGAGAAGCAAUGGGUGAGGGGAAAACAAGGGAGGGGCAGAGGGGGGGCAGGGAGGGAAGAAACGUGGGGCAGGGAGGGGAGAAGCCAAAGACAGGGGCAUGGGCAGGCGGGGGCAGGGAGGGAGCAAAGGAGAGGCACGGAGAAAGAAAGGGAGGCGCGGGGAGGGGAGAAACCGGGCGUGGGGGGGCGGAAAAUGAGGGGCAGGGCGGGGAGGAGGGAGGGGCAGGGAGGGGAGAAGCUGAGCACACGGAGGGGGGAAAGGUGGGGCAGGGAGGUAGGAAGCCAAGGGCAAGGGGGGGAGAGUGGGGGAGCAGGGAGAGGGGGGAGGUGGGGAGCGGAGAAAGGCGGCGAGGGGCAGGGAGGGGAGAAACCAAGCAUAGGGGGGCGAGAUACGAGGGGCAGGGUGCGGAUUGAGGAGGGGCAGGGAGUGGAGUGGGUCGGCGAGGGGAAGGAAGAGGCGUGCAGCAGAGGAGGGGAGGGGGGAGGAGAAGGUAAACGAGGGGAGCGCACGGGCGGGGAGGAGCGAAUGGCGGGCGGUGGGAAACGGCGAGGGGGGCAGGGAGGGUCAAAAGAGGCGGCAAGGGAGCGGGCACGCGGAGGGUGGGGGCGGGGGGGAGCGGAUGGCAUGAGGAGGCAGGGGGCUUGCCCGUGCGAAGAAACGCCCCGUGCGCACCACCGUUGGGCGGUUGGAAGCCGCACACGGUCGCGGGGGUGGAGAGCGGAAACGGGCAGCCGGGGGAGGGUGGGGGCGGUUGGAUGGGACUGGGGUGUACGGGGGGCAGGGGAGUUGAGGGGGCAAGGGGAGGGGCAGCAACGGGCAGGGGCUGGGCCAGCUGAGGGCACGGAAAAGGGGCGGGCAGAGGGUGAGCAGCGGGGCGAGCGAUGCAAGGGAGGCACCAUAGGGGGGAAACCAGUUGCACGGAGGUGGGAGGUGAGGGGCGUGCGAGGGGGUGGGAAAGGGGCAGGGAGGGGCGGAAUGGGAGGACGUGGGUGGGGGGUGGGGGAGGGGAGUGGAGGGGAGAAGCAAUGGGUGAGGGGAAAACAAGGGAGGGGCAGAGGGGGGGCAGGGAGGGAAGAAACGUGGGGCAGGGAGGGGAGAAGCCAAAGACAGGGGCAUGGGCAGGCGGGGGCAGGGAGGGAGCAAAGGAGAGGCACGGAGAAAGAAAGGGAGGCGCGGGGAGGGGAGAAACCGGGCGUGGGGGGGCGGAAAAUGAGGGGCAGGGCGGGGAGGAGGGAGGGGCAGGGAGGGGAGAAGCUGAGCACACGGAGGGGGGAAAGGUGGGGCAGGGAGGUAGGAAGCCAAGGGCAAGGGGGGGAGAGUGGGGGAGCAGGGAGAGGGGGGAGGUGGGGAGCGGAGAAAGGCGGCGAGGGGCAGGGAGGGGAGAAACCAAGCAUAGGGGGGCGAGAUACGAGGGGCAGGGUGCGGAUUGAGGAGGGGCAGGGAGUGGAGUGGGUCGGCGAGGGGAAGGAAGAGGCGUGCAGCAGAGGAGGGGAGGGGGGAGGAGAAGGUAAACGAGGGGAGCGCACGGGCGGGGAGGAGCGAAUGGCGGGCGGUGGGAAACGGCGAGGGGGGCAGGGAGGGUCAAAAGAGGCGGCAAGGGAGCGGGCACGCGGAGGGUGGGGGCGGGGGGGAGCGGAUGGCAUGAGGAGGCAGGGGGCUUGCCCGUGCGAAGAAACGCCCCGUGCGCACCACCGUUGGGCGGUUGGAAGCCGCACACGGUCGCGGGGGUGGAGAGCGGAAACGGGCAGCCGGGGGAGGGUGGGGGCGGUUGGAUGGGACUGGGGUGUACGGGGGGCAGGGGAGUUGAGGGGGCAAGGGGAGGGGCAGCAACGGGCAGGGGCUGGGCCAGCUGAGGGCACGGAAAAGGGGCGGGCAGAGGGUGAGCAGAGGGGCGAGCGAUGCAAGGGAGGCACCAUAGGGGGGAAACCAGUUGCACGGAGGUGGGAGGUGAGGGGCGUGCGAGGGGGUGGGAAAGGGGCAGGGAGGGGCGGAAUGGGAGGACGUGGGUGGGGGGUGGGGGAGGGGAGUGGAGGGGAGAAGCAAUGGGUGAGGGGAAAACAAGGGAGGGGCAGAGGGGGGGCAGGGAGGGAAGAAACGUGGGGCAGGGAGGGGAGAAGCCAAAGACAGGGGCAUGGGCAGGCGGGGGCAGGGAGGGAGCAAAGGAGAGGCACGGAGAAAGAAAGGGAGGCGCGGGGAGGGGAGAAACCGGGCGUGGGGGGGCGGAAAAUGAGGGGCAGGGCGGGGAGGAGGGAGGGGCAGGGAGGGGAGAAGCUGAGCACACGGAGGGGGGAAAGGUGGGGCAGGGAGGUAGGAAGCCAAGGGCAAGGGGGGGAGAGUGGGGGAGCAGGGAGAGGGGGGAGGUGGGGAGCGGAGAAAGGCGGCGAGGGGCAGGGAGGGGAGAAACCAAGCAUAGGGGGGCGAGAUACGAGGGGCAGGGUGCGGAUUGAGGAGGGGCAGGGAGUGGAGUGGGUCGGCGAGGGGAAGGAAGAGGCGUGCAGCAGAGGAGGGGAGGGGGGAGGAGAAGGUAAACGAGGGGAGCGCACGGGCGGGGAGGAGCGAAUGGCGGGCGGUGGGAAACGGCGAGGGGGGCAGGGAGGGUCAAAAGAGGCGGCAAGGGAGCGGGCACGCGGAGGGUGGGGGCGGGGGGGAGCGGAUGGCAUGAGGAGGCAGGGGGCUUGCCCGUGCGAAGAAACGCCCCGUGCGCACCACCGUUGGGCGGUUGGAAGCCGCACACGGUCGCGGGGGUGGAGAGCGGAAACGGGCAGCCGGGGGAGGGUGGGGGCGGUUGGAUGGGACUGGGGUGUACGGGGGGCAGGGGAGUUGAGGGGGCAAGGGGAGGGGCAGCAACGGGCAGGGGCUGGGCCAGCUGAGGGCACGGAAAAGGGGCGGGCAGAGGGUGAGCAGAGGGGCGAGCGAUGCAAGGGAGGCACCAUAGGGGGGAAACCAGUUGCACGGAGGUGGGAGGUGAGGGGCGUGCGAGGGGGUGGGAAAGGGGCAGGGAGGGGCGGAAUGGGAGGACGUGGGUGGGGGGUGGGGGAGGGGAGUGGAGGGGAGAAGCAAUGGGUGAGGGGAAAACAAGGGAGGGGCAGAGGGGGGGCAGGGAGGGAAGAAACGUGGGGCAGGGAGGGGAGAAGCCAAAGACAGGGGCAUGGGCAGGCGGGGGCAGGGAGGGAGCAAAGGAGAGGCACGGAGAAAGAAAGGGAGGCGCGGGGAGGGGAGAAACCGGGCGUGGGGGGGCGGAAAAUGAGGGGCAGGGCGGGGAGGAGGGAGGGGCAGGGAGGGGAGAAGCUGAGCACACGGAGGGGGGAAAGGUGGGGCAGGGAGGUAGGAAGCCAAGGGCAAGGGGGGGAGAGUGGGGGAGCAGGGAGAGGGGGGAGGUGGGGAGCGGAGAAAGGCGGCGAGGGGCAGGGAGGGGAGAAACCAAGCAUAGGGGGGCGAGAUACGAGGGGCAGGGUGCGGAUUGAGGAGGGGCAGGGAGUGGAGUGGGUCGGCGAGGGGAAGGAAGAGGCGUGCAGCAGAGGAGGGGAGGGGGGAGGAGAAGGUAAACGAGGGGAGCGCACGGGCGGGGAGGAGCGAAUGGCGGGCGGUGGGAAACGGCGAGGGGGGCAGGGAGGGUCAAAAGAGGCGGCAAGGGAGCGGGCACGCGGAGGGUGGGGGCGGGGGGGAGCGGAUGGCAUGAGGAGGCAGGGGGCUUGCCCGUGCGAAGAAACGCCCCGUGCGCACCACCGUUGGGCGGUUGGAAGCCGCACACGGUCGCGGGGGUGGAGAGCGGAAACGGGCAGCCGGGGGAGGGUGGGGGCGGUUGGAUGGGACUGGGGUGUACGGGGGGCAGGGGAGUUGAGGGGGCAAGGGGAGGGGCAGCAACGGGCAGGGGCUGGGCCAGCUGAGGGCACGGAAAAGGGGCGGGCAGAGGGUGAGCAGCGGGGCGAGCGAUGCAAGGGAGGCACCAUAGGGGGGAAACCAGUUGCACGGAGGUGGGAGGUGAGGGGCGUGCGAGGGGGUGGGAAAGGGGCAGGGAGGGGCGGAAUGGGAGGACGUGGGUGGGGGGUGGGGGAGGGGAGUGGAGGGGAGAAGCAAUGGGUGAGGGGAAAACAAGGGAGGGGCAGAGGGGGGGCAGGGAGGGAAGAAACGUGGGGCAGGGAGGGGAGAAGCCAAAGACAGGGGCAUGGGCAGGCGGGGGCAGGGAGGGAGCAAAGGAGAGGCACGGAGAAAGAAAGGGAGGCGCGGGGAGGGGAGAAACCGGGCGUGGGGGGGCGGAAAAUGAGGGGCAGGGCGGGGAGGAGGGAGGGGCAGGGAGGGGAGAAGCUGAGCACACGGAGGGGGGAAAGGUGGGGCAGGGAGGUAGGAAGCCAAGGGCAAGGGGGGGAGAGUGGGGGAGCAGGGAGAGGGGGGAGGUGGGGAGCGGAGAAAGGCGGCGAGGGGCAGGGAGGGGAGAAACCAAGCAUAGGGGGGCGAGAUACGAGGGGCAGGGUGCGGAUUGAGGAGGGGCAGGGAGUGGAGUGGGUCGGCGAGGGGAAGGAAGAGGCGUGCAGCAGAGGAGGGGAGGGGGGAGGAGAAGGUAAACGAGGGGAGCGCACGGGCGGGGAGGAGCGAAUGGCGGGCGGUGGGAAACGGCGAGGGGGGCAGGGAGGGUCAAAAGAGGCGGCAAGGGAGCGGGCACGCGGAGGGUGGGGGCGGGGGGGAGCGGAUGGCAUGAGGAGGCAGGGGGCUUGCCCGUGCGAAGAAACGCCCCGUGCGCACCACCGUUGGGCGGUUGGAAGCCGCACACGGUCGCGGGGGUGGAGAGCGGAAACGGGCAGCCGGGGGAGGGUGGGGGCGGUUGGAUGGGACUGGGGUGUACGGGGGGCAGGGGAGUUGAGGGGGCAAGGGGAGGGGCAGCAACGGGCAGGGGCUGGGCCAGCUGAGGGCACGGAAAAGGGGCGGGCAGAGGGUGAGCAGCGGGGCGAGCGAUGCAAGGGAGGCACCAUAGGGGGGAAACCAGUUGCACGGAGGUGGGAGGUGAGGGGCGUGCGAGGGGGUGGGAAAGGGGCAGGGAGGGGCGGAAUGGGAGGACGUGGGUGGGGGGUGGGGGAGGGGAGUGGAGGGGAGAAGCAAUGGGUGAGGGGAAAACAAGGGAGGGGCAGAGGGGGGGCAGGGAGGGAAGAAACGUGGGGCAGGGAGGGGAGAAGCCAAAGACAGGGGCAUGGGCAGGCGGGGGCAGGGAGGGAGCAAAGGAGAGGCACGGAGAAAGAAAGGGAGGCGCGGGGAGGGGAGAAACCGGGCGUGGGGGGGCGGAAAAUGAGGGGCAGGGCGGGGAGGAGGGAGGGGCAGGGAGGGGAGAAGCUGAGCACACGGAGGGGGGAAAGGUGGGGCAGGGAGGUAGGAAGCCAAGGGCAAGGGGGGGAGAGUGGGGGAGCAGGGAGAGGGGGGAGGUGGGGAGCGGAGAAAGGCGGCGAGGGGCAGGGAGGGGAGAAACCAAGCAUAGGGGGGCGAGAUACGAGGGGCAGGGUGCGGAUUGAGGAGGGGCAGGGAGUGGAGUGGGUCGGCGAGGGGAAGGAAGAGGCGUGCAGCAGAGGAGGGGAGGGGGGAGGAGAAGGUAAACGAGGGGAGCGCACGGGCGGGGAGGAGCGAAUGGCGGGCGGUGGGAAACGGCGAGGGGGGCAGGGAGGGUCAAAAGAGGCGGCAAGGGAGCGGGCACGCGGAGGGUGGGGGCGGGGGGGAGCGGAUGGCAUGAGGAGGCAGGGGGCUUGCCCGUGCGAAGAAACGCCCCGUGCGCACCACCGUUGGGCGGUUGGAAGCCGCACACGGUCGCGGGGGUGGAGAGCGGAAACGGGCAGCCGGGGGAGGGUGGGGGCGGUUGGAUGGGACUGGGGUGUACGGGGGGCAGGGGAGUUGAGGGGGCAAGGGGAGGGGCAGCAACGGGCAGGGGCUGGGCCAGCUGAGGGCACGGAAAAGGGGCGGGCAGAGGGUGAGCAGCGGGGCGAGCGAUGCAAGGGAGGCACCAUAGGGGGGAAACCAGUUGCACGGAGGUGGGAGGUGAGGGGCGUGCGAGGGGGUGGGAAAGGGGCAGGGAGGGGCGGAAUGGGAGGACGUGGGUGGGGGGUGGGGGAGGGGAGUGGAGGGGAGAAGCAAUGGGUGAGGGGAAAACAAGGGAGGGGCAGAGGGGGGGCAGGGAGGGAAGAAACGUGGGGCAGGGAGGGGAGAAGCCAAAGACAGGGGCAUGGGCAGGCGGGGGCAGGGAGGGAGCAAAGGAGAGGCACGGAGAAAGAAAGGGAGGCGCGGGGAGGGGAGAAACCGGGCGUGGGGGGGCGGAAAAUGAGGGGCAGGGCGGGGAGGAGGGAGGGGCAGGGAGGGGAGAAGCUGAGCACACGGAGGGGGGAAAGGUGGGGCAGGGAGGUAGGAAGCCAAGGGCAAGGGGGGGAGAGUGGGGGAGCAGGGAGAGGGGGGAGGUGGGGAGCGGAGAAAGGCGGCGAGGGGCAGGGAGGGGAGAAACCAAGCAUAGGGGGGCGAGAUACGAGGGGCAGGGUGCGGAUUGAGGAGGGGCAGGGAGUGGAGUGGGUCGGCGAGGGGAAGGAAGAGGCGUGCAGCAGAGGAGGGGAGGGGGGAGGAGAAGGUAAACGAGGGGAGCGCACGGGCGGGGAGGAGCGAAUGGCGGGCGGUGGGAAACGGCGAGGGGGGCAGGGAGGGUCAAAAGAGGCGGCAAGGGAGCGGGCACGCGGAGGGUGGGGGCGGGGGGGAGCGGAUGGCAUGAGGAGGCAGGGGGCUUGCCCGUGCGAAGAAACGCCCCGUGCGCACCACCGUUGGGCGGUUGGAAGCCGCACACGGUCGCGGGGGUGGAGAGCGGAAACGGGCAGCCGGGGGAGGGUGGGGGCGGUUGGAUGGGACUGGGGUGUACGGGGGGCAGGGGAGUUGAGGGGGCAAGGGGAGGGGCAGCAACGGGCAGGGGCUGGGCCAGCUGAGGGCACGGAAAAGGGGCGGGCAGAGGGUGAGCAGCGGGGCGAGCGAUGCAAGGGAGGCACCAUAGGGGGGAAACCAGUUGCACGGAGGUGGGAGGUGAGGGGCGUGCGAGGGGGUGGGAAAGGGGCAGGGAGGGGCGGAAUGGGAGGACGUGGGUGGGGGGUGGGGGAGGGGAGUGGAGGGGAGAAGCAAUGGGUGAGGGGAAAACAAGGGAGGGGCAGAGGGGGGGCAGGGAGGGAAGAAACGUGGGGCAGGGAGGGGAGAAGCCAAAGACAGGGGCAUGGGCAGGCGGGGGCAGGGAGGGAGCAAAGGAGAGGCACGGAGAAAGAAAGGGAGGCGCGGGGAGGGGAGAAACCGGGCGUGGGGGGGCGGAAAAUGAGGGGCAGGGCGGGGAGGAGGGAGGGGCAGGGAGGGGAGAAGCUGAGCACACGGAGGGGGGAAAGGUGGGGCAGGGAGGUAGGAAGCCAAGGGCAAGGGGGGGAGAGUGGGGGAGCAGGGAGAGGGGGGAGGUGGGGAGCGGAGAAAGGCGGCGAGGGGCAGGGAGGGGAGAAACCAAGCAUAGGGGGGCGAGAUACGAGGGGCAGGGUGCGGAUUGAGGAGGGGCAGGGAGUGGAGUGGGUCGGCGAGGGGAAGGAAGAGGCGUGCAGCAGAGGAGGGGAGGGGGGAGGAGAAGGUAAACGAGGGGAGCGCACGGGCGGGGAGGAGCGAAUGGCGGGCGGUGGGAAACGGCGAGGGGGGCAGGGAGGGUCAAAAGAGGCGGCAAGGGAGCGGGCACGCGGAGGGUGGGGGCGGGGGGGAGCGGAUGGCAUGAGGAGGCAGGGGGCUUGCCCGUGCGAAGAAACGCCCCGUGCGCACCACCGUUGGGCGGUUGGAAGCCGCACACGGUCGCGGGGGUGGAGAGCGGAAACGGGCAGCCGGGGGAGGGUGGGGGCGGUUGGAUGGGACUGGGGUGUACGGGGGGCAGGGGAGUUGAGGGGGCAAGGGGAGGGGCAGCAACGGGCAGGGGCUGGGCCAGCUGAGGGCACGGAAAAGGGGCGGGCAGAGGGUGAGCAGAGGGGCGAGCGAUGCAAGGGAGGCACCAUAGGGGGGAAACCAGUUGCACGGAGGUGGGAGGUGAGGGGCGUGCGAGGGGGUGGGAAAGGGGCAGGGAGGGGCGGAAUGGGAGGACGUGGGUGGGGGGUGGGGGAGGGGAGUGGAGGGGAGAAGCAAUGGGUGAGGGGAAAACAAGGGAGGGGCAGAGGGGGGGCAGGGAGGGAAGAAACGUGGGGCAGGGAGGGGAGAAGCCAAAGACAGGGGCAUGGGCAGGCGGGGGCAGGGAGGGAGCAAAGGAGAGGCACGGAGAAAGAAAGGGAGGCGCGGGGAGGGGAGAAACCGGGCGUGGGGGGGCGGAAAAUGAGGGGCAGGGCGGGGAGGAGGGAGGGGCAGGGAGGGGAGAAGCUGAGCACACGGAGGGGGGAAAGGUGGGGCAGGGAGGUAGGAAGCCAAGGGCAAGGGGGGGAGAGUGGGGGAGCAGGGAGAGGGGGGAGGUGGGGAGCGGAGAAAGGCGGCGAGGGGCAGGGAGGGGAGAAACCAAGCAUAGGGGGGCGAGAUACGAGGGGCAGGGUGCGGAUUGAGGAGGGGCAGGGAGUGGAGUGGGUCGGCGAGGGGAAGGAAGAGGCGUGCAGCAGAGGAGGGGAAGGGGGGAGGAGAAGGGGGCAAGGGGAGGGGCAGCAACGGGCAGGGGCUGGGCCAGCUGAGGGCACGGAAAAGGGGCGGGCAGAGGGUGAGCAGCGGGGCGAGCGAUGCAAGGGAGGCACCAUAGGGGGGAAACCAGUUGCACGGAGGUGGGAGGUGAGGGGCGUGCGAGGGGGUGGGAAAGGGGCAGGGAGGGGCGGAAUGGGAGGACGUGGGUGGGGGGUGGGGGAGGGGAGUGUGCGUGUGUGUGUGAGAAAGAGAGAGAGAGAGAGAGAGAGAGAGAGAGGGAAAGGGAGGGGGGGAGAGAAGGGUGGGAGGGGGGCUGGUGGUGCGGAUGGGCUGAUGGUGGCAAGAGGGCAGCAGGGAUGGGGAGAAGGGAGCGUAAGCGAGGGGAACGCAAAGGGCAGGGGGGGAGGAGGGGAGGGGCAGGGAGGGAAGAGGCUGAACGGAGGGGAGAAGCAAUGGGUGAGGGGAAAACAAGGGAGGGGCAGAGGGGGGGCAGGGAGGGAAGAAACGUGGGGCAGGGAGGGGAGAAGCCAAAGACAGGGGCAUGGGCAGGCGGGGGCAGGGAGGGAGCAAAGGAGAGGCACGGAGAAAGAAAGGGAGGCGCGGGGAGGGGAGAAACCGGGCGUGGGGGGGCGGAAAAUGAGGGGCAGGGCGGGGAGGAGGGAGGGGCAGGGAGGGGAGAAGCUGAGCACACGGAGGGGGGAAAGGUGGGGCAGGGAGGUAGGAAGCCAAGGGCAAGGGGGGGAGAGUGGGGGAGCAGGGAGAGGGGGGAGGUGGGGAGCGGAGAAAGGCGGCGAGGGGCAGGGAGGGGAGAAACCAAGCAUAGGGGGGCGAGAUACGAGGGGCAGGGUGCGGAUUGAGGAGGGGCAGGGAGUGGAGUGGGUCGGCGAGGGGAAGGAAGAGGCGUGCAGCAGAGGAGGGGAGGGGGGAGGAGAAGGUAAACGAGGGGAGCGCACGGGCGGGGAGGAGCGAAUGGCGGGCGGUGGGAAACGGCGAGGGGGGCAGGGAGGGUCAAAAGAGGCGGCAAGGGAGCGGGCACGCGGAGGGUGGGGGCGGGGGGGAGCGGAUGGCAUGAGGAGGCAGGGGGCUUGCCCGUGCGAAGAAACGCCCCGUGCGCACCACCGUUGGGCGGUUGGAAGCCGCACACGGUCGCGGGGGUGGAGAGCGGAAACGGGCAGCCGGGGGAGGGUGGGGGCGGUUGGAUGGGACUGGGGUGUACGGGGGGCAGGGGAGUUGAGGGGGCAAGGGGAGGGGCAGCAACGGGCAGGGGCUGGGCCAGCUGAGGGCACGGAAAAGGGGCGGGCAGAGGGUGAGCAGAGGGGCGAGCGAUGCAAGGGAGGCACCAUAGGGGGGAAACCAGUUGCACGGAGGUGGGAGGUGAGGGGCGUGCGAGGGGGUGGGAAAGGGGCAGGGAGGGGCGGAAUGGGAGGACGUGGGUGGGGGGUGGGGGAGGGGAGUGGAGGGGAGAAGCAAUGGGUGAGGGGAAAACAAGGGAGGGGCAGAGGGGGGGCAGGGAGGGAAGAAACGUGGGGCAGGGAGGGGAGAAGCCAAAGACAGGGGCAUGGGCAGGCGGGGGCAGGGAGGGAGCAAAGGAGAGGCACGGAGAAAGAAAGGGAGGCGCGGGGAGGGGAGAAACCGGGCGUGGGGGGGCGGAAAAUGAGGGGCAGGGCGGGGAGGAGGGAGGGGCAGGGAGGGGAGAAGCUGAGCACACGGAGGGGGGAAAGGUGGGGCAGGGAGGUAGGAAGCCAAGGGCAAGGGGGGGAGAGUGGGGGAGCAGGGAGAGGGGGGAGGUGGGGAGCGGAGAAAGGCGGCGAGGGGCAGGGAGGGGAGAAACCAAGCAUAGGGGGGCGAGAUACGAGGGGCAGGGUGCGGAUUGAGGAGGGGCAGGGAGUGGAGUGGGUCGGCGAGGGGAAGGAAGAGGCGUGCAGCAGAGGAGGGGAGGGGGGAGGAGAAGGUAAACGAGGGGAGCGCACGGGCGGGGAGGAGCGAAUGGCGGGCGGUGGGAAACGGCGAGGGGGGCAGGGAGGGUCAAAAGAGGCGGCAAGGGAGCGGGCACGCGGAGGGUGGGGGCGGGGGGGAGCGGAUGGCAUGAGGAGGCAGGGGGCUUGCCCGUGCGAAGAAACGCCCCGUGCGCACCACCGUUGGGCGGUUGGAAGCCGCACACGGUCGCGGGGGUGGAGAGCGGAAACGGGCAGCCGGGGGAGGGUGGGGGCGGUUGGAUGGGACUGGGGUGUACGGGGGGCAGGGGAGUUGAGGGGGCAAGGGGAGGGGCAGCAACGGGCAGGGGCUGGGCCAGCUGAGGGCACGGAAAAGGGGCGGGCAGAGGGUGAGCAGCGGGGCGAGCGAUGCAAGGGAGGCACCAUAGGGGGGAAACCAGUUGCACGGAGGUGGGAGGUGAGGGGCGUGCGAGGGGGUGGGAAAGGGGCAGGGAGGGGCGGAAUGGGAGGACGUGGGUGGGGGGUGGGGGAGGGGAGUGGAGGGGAGAAGCAAUGGGUGAGGGGAAAACAAGGGAGGGGCAGAGGGGGGGCAGGGAGGGAAGAAACGUGGGGCAGGGAGGGGAGAAGCCAAAGACAGGGGCAUGGGCAGGCGGGGGCAGGGAGGGAGCAAAGGAGAGGCACGGAGAAAGAAAGGGAGGCGCGGGGAGGGGAGAAACCGGGCGUGGGGGGGCGGAAAAUGAGGGGCAGGGCGGGGAGGAGGGAGGGGCAGGGAGGGGAGAAGCUGAGCACACGGAGGGGGGAAAGGUGGGGCAGGGAGGUAGGAAGCCAAGGGCAAGGGGGGGAGAGUGGGGGAGCAGGGAGAGGGGGGAGGUGGGGAGCGGAGAAAGGCGGCGAGGGGCAGGGAGGGGAGAAACCAAGCAUAGGGGGGCGAGAUACGAGGGGCAGGGUGCGGAUUGAGGAGGGGCAGGGAGUGGAGUGGGUCGGCGAGGGGAAGGAAGAGGCGUGCAGCAGAGGAGGGGAGGGGGGAGGAGAAGGUAAACGAGGGGAGCGCACGGGCGGGGAGGAGCGAAUGGCGGGCGGUGGGAAACGGCGAGGGGGGCAGGGAGGGUCAAAAGAGGCGGCAAGGGAGCGGGCACGCGGAGGGUGGGGGCGGGGGGGAGCGGAUGGCAUGAGGAGGCAGGGGGCUUGCCCGUGCGAAGAAACGCCCCGUGCGCACCACCGUUGGGCGGUUGGAAGCCGCACACGGUCGCGGGGGUGGAGAGCGGAAACGGGCAGCCGGGGGAGGGUGGGGGCGGUUGGAUGGGACUGGGGUGUACGGGGGGCAGGGGAGUUGAGGGGGCAAGGGGAGGGGCAGCAACGGGCAGGGGCUGGGCCAGCUGAGGGCACGGAAAAGGGGCGGGCAGAGGGUGAGCAGCGGGGCGAGCGAUGCAAGGGAGGCACCAUAGGGGGGAAACCAGUUGCACGGAGGUGGGAGGUGAGGGGCGUGCGAGGGGGUGGGAAAGGGGCAGGGAGGGGCGGAAUGGGAGGACGUGGGUGGGGGGUGGGGGAGGGGAGUGGAGGGGAGAAGCAAUGGGUGAGGGGAAAACAAGGGAGGGGCAGAGGGGGGGCAGGGAGGGAAGAAACGUGGGGCAGGGAGGGGAGAAGCCAAAGACAGGGGCAUGGGCAGGCGGGGGCAGGGAGGGAGCAAAGGAGAGGCACGGAGAAAGAAAGGGAGGCGCGGGGAGGGGAGAAACCGGGCGUGGGGGGGCGGAAAAUGAGGGGCAGGGCGGGGAGGAGGGAGGGGCAGGGAGGGGAGAAGCUGAGCACACGGAGGGGGGAAAGGUGGGGCAGGGAGGUAGGAAGCCAAGGGCAAGGGGGGGAGAGUGGGGGAGCAGGGAGAGGGGGGAGGUGGGGAGCGGAGAAAGGCGGCGAGGGGCAGGGAGGGGAGAAACCAAGCAUAGGGGGGCGAGAUACGAGGGGCAGGGUGCGGAUUGAGGAGGGGCAGGGAGUGGAGUGGGUCGGCGAGGGGAAGGAAGAGGCGUGCAGCAGAGGAGGGGAGGGGGGAGGAGAAGGUAAACGAGGGGAGCGCACGGGCGGGGAGGAGCGAAUGGCGGGCGGUGGGAAACGGCGAGGGGGGCAGGGAGGGUCAAAAGAGGCGGCAAGGGAGCGGGCACGCGGAGGGUGGGGGCGGGGGGGAGCGGAUGGCAUGAGGAGGCAGGGGGCUUGCCCGUGCGAAGAAACGCCCCGUGCGCACCACCGUUGGGCGGUUGGAAGCCGCACACGGUCGCGGGGGUGGAGAGCGGAAACGGGCAGCCGGGGGAGGGUGGGGGCGGUUGGAUGGGACUGGGGUGUACGGGGGGCAGGGGAGUUGAGGGGGCAAGGGGAGGGGCAGCAACGGGCAGGGGCUGGGCCAGCUGAGGGCACGGAAAAGGGGCGGGCAGAGGGUGAGCAGAGGGGCGAGCGAUGCAAGGGAGGCACCAUAGGGGGGAAACCAGUUGCACGGAGGUGGGAGGUGAGGGGCGUGCGAGGGGGUGGGAAAGGGGCAGGGAGGGGCGGAAUGGGAGGACGUGGGUGGGGGGUGGGGGAGGGGAGUGGAGGGGAGAAGCAAUGGGUGAGGGGAAAACAAGGGAGGGGCAGAGGGGGGGCAGGGAGGGAAGAAACGUGGGGCAGGGAGGGGAGAAGCCAAAGACAGGGGCAUGGGCAGGCGGGGGCAGGGAGGGAGCAAAGGAGAGGCACGGAGAAAGAAAGGGAGGCGCGGGGAGGGGAGAAACCGGGCGUGGGGGGGCGGAAAAUGAGGGGCAGGGCGGGGAGGAGGGAGGGGCAGGGAGGGGAGAAGCUGAGCACACGGAGGGGGGAAAGGUGGGGCAGGGAGGUAGGAAGCCAAGGGCAAGGGGGGGAGAGUGGGGGAGCAGGGAGAGGGGGGAGGUGGGGAGCGGAGAAAGGCGGCGAGGGGCAGGGAGGGGAGAAACCAAGCAUAGGGGGGCGAGAUACGAGGGGCAGGGUGCGGAUUGAGGAGGGGCAGGGAGUGGAGUGGGUCGGCGAGGGGAAGGAAGAGGCGUGCAGCAGAGGAGGGGAGGGGGGAGGAGAAGGUAAACGAGGGGAGCGCACGGGCGGGGAGGAGCGAAUGGCGGGCGGUGGGAAACGGCGAGGGGGGCAGGGAGGGUCAAAAGAGGCGGCAAGGGAGCGGGCACGCGGAGGGUGGGGGCGGGGGGGAGCGGAUGGCAUGAGGAGGCAGGGGGCUUGCCCGUGCGAAGAAACGCCCCGUGCGCACCACCGUUGGGCGGUUGGAAGCCGCACACGGUCGCGGGGGUGGAGAGCGGAAACGGGCAGCCGGGGGAGGGUGGGGGCGGUUGGAUGGGACUGGGGUGUACGGGGGGCAGGGGAGUUGAGGGGGCAAGGGGAGGGGCAGCAACGGGCAGGGGCUGGGCCAGCUGAGGGCACGGAAAAGGGGCGGGCAGAGGGUGAGCAGCGGGGCGAGCGAUGCAAGGGAGGCACCAUAGGGGGGAAACCAGUUGCACGGAGGUGGGAGGUGAGGGGCGUGCGAGGGGGUGGGAAAGGGGCAGGGAGGGGCGGAAUGGGAGGACGUGGGUGGGGGGUGGGGGAGGGGAGUGGAGGGGAGAAGCAAUGGGUGAGGGGAAAACAAGGGAGGGGCAGAGGGGGGGCAGGGAGGGAAGAAACGUGGGGCAGGGAGGGGAGAAGCCAAAGACAGGGGCAUGGGCAGGCGGGGGCAGGGAGGGAGCAAAGGAGAGGCACGGAGAAAGAAAGGGAGGCGCGGGGAGGGGAGAAACCGGGCGUGGGGGGGCGGAAAAUGAGGGGCAGGGCGGGGAGGAGGGAGGGGCAGGGAGGGGAGAAGCUGAGCACACGGAGGGGGGAAAGGUGGGGCAGGGAGGUAGGAAGCCAAGGGCAAGGGGGGGAGAGUGGGGGAGCAGGGAGAGGGGGGAGGUGGGGAGCGGAGAAAGGCGGCGAGGGGCAGGGAGGGGAGAAACCAAGCAUAGGGGGGCGAGAUACGAGGGGCAGGGUGCGGAUUGAGGAGGGGCAGGGAGUGGAGUGGGUCGGCGAGGGGAAGGAAGAGGCGUGCAGCAGAGGAGGGGAGGGGGGAGGAGAAGGUAAACGAGGGGAGCGCACGGGCGGGGAGGAGCGAAUGGCGGGCGGUGGGAAACGGCGAGGGGGGCAGGGAGGGUCAAAAGAGGCGGCAAGGGAGCGGGCACGCGGAGGGUGGGGGCGGGGGGGAGCGGAUGGCAUGAGGAGGCAGGGGGCUUGCCCGUGCGAAGAAACGCCCCGUGCGCACCACCGUUGGGCGGUUGGAAGCCGCACACGGUCGCGGGGGUGGAGAGCGGAAACGGGCAGCCGGGGGAGGGUGGGGGCGGUUGGAUGGGACUGGGGUGUACGGGGGGCAGGGGAGUUGAGGGGGCAAGGGGAGGGGCAGCAACGGGCAGGGGCUGGGCCAGCUGAGGGCACGGAAAAGGGGCGGGCAGAGGGUGAGCAGCGGGGCGAGCGAUGCAAGGGAGGCACCAUAGGGGGGAAACCAGUUGCACGGAGGUGGGAGGUGAGGGGCGUGCGAGGGGGUGGGAAAGGGGCAGGGAGGGGCGGAAUGGGAGGACGUGGGUGGGGGGUGGGGGAGGGGAGUGUGCGUGUGUGUGUGAGAAAGAGAGAGAGAGAGAGAGAGAGAGAGAGAGGGAAAGGGAGGGGGGGAGAGAAGGGUGGGAGGGGGGCUGGUGGUGCGGAUGGGCUGAUGGUGGCAAGAGGGCAGCAGGGAUGGGGAGAAGGGAGCGUAAGCGAGGGGAACGCAAAGGGCAGGGGGGGAGGAGGGGAGGGGCAGGGAGGGAAGAGGCUGAACGGAGGGGAGAAGCAAUGGGUGAGGGGAAAACAAGGGAGGGGCAGAGGGGGGGCAGGGAGGGAAGAAACGUGGGGCAGGGAGGGGAGAAGCCAAAGACAGGGGCAUGGGCAGGCGGGGGCAGGGAGGGAGCAAAGGAGAGGCACGGAGAAAGAAAGGGAGGCGCGGGGAGGGGAGAAACCGGGCGUGGGGGGGCGGAAAAUGAGGGGCAGGGCGGGGAGGAGGGAGGGGCAGGGAGGGGAGAAGCUGAGCACACGGAGGGGGGAAAGGUGGGGCAGGGAGGUAGGAAGCCAAGGGCAAGGGGGGGAGAGUGGGGGAGCAGGGAGAGGGGGGAGGUGGGGAGCGGAGAAAGGCGGCGAGGGGCAGGGAGGGGAGAAACCAAGCAUAGGGGGGCGAGAUACGAGGGGCAGGGUGCGGAUUGAGGAGGGGCAGGGAGUGGAGUGGGUCGGCGAGGGGAAGGAAGAGGCGUGCAGCAGAGGAGGGGAGGGGGGAGGAGAAGGUAAACGAGGGGAGCGCACGGGCGGGGAGGAGCGAAUGGCGGGCGGUGGGAAACGGCGAGGGGGGCAGGGAGGGUCAAAAGAGGCGGCAAGGGAGCGGGCACGCGGAGGGUGGGGGCGGGGGGGAGCGGAUGGCAUGAGGAGGCAGGGGGCUUGCCCGUGCGAAGAAACGCCCCGUGCGCACCACCGUUGGGCGGUUGGAAGCCGCACACGGUCGCGGGGGUGGAGAGCGGAAACGGGCAGCCGGGGGAGGGUGGGGGCGGUUGGAUGGGACUGGGGUGUACGGGGGGCAGGGGAGUUGAGGGGGCAAGGGGAGGGGCAGCAACGGGCAGGGGCUGGGCCAGCUGAGGGCACGGAAAAGGGGCGGGCAGAGGGUGAGCAGAGGGGCGAGCGAUGCAAGGGAGGCACCAUAGGGGGGAAACCAGUUGCACGGAGGUGGGAGGUGAGGGGCGUGCGAGGGGGUGGGAAAGGGGCAGGGAGGGGCGGAAUGGGAGGACGUGGGUGGGGGGUGGGGGAGGGGAGUGGAGGGGAGAAGCAAUGGGUGAGGGGAAAACAAGGGAGGGGCAGAGGGGGGGCAGGGAGGGAAGAAACGUGGGGCAGGGAGGGGAGAAGCCAAAGACAGGGGCAUGGGCAGGCGGGGGCAGGGAGGGAGCAAAGGAGAGGCACGGAGAAAGAAAGGGAGGCGCGGGGAGGGGAGAAACCGGGCGUGGGGGGGCGGAAAAUGAGGGGCAGGGCGGGGAGGAGGGAGGGGCAGGGAGGGGAGAAGCUGAGCACACGGAGGGGGGAAAGGUGGGGCAGGGAGGUAGGAAGCCAAGGGCAAGGGGGGGAGAGUGGGGGAGCAGGGAGAGGGGGGAGGUGGGGAGCGGAGAAAGGCGGCGAGGGGCAGGGAGGGGAGAAACCAAGCAUAGGGGGGCGAGAUACGAGGGGCAGGGUGCGGAUUGAGGAGGGGCAGGGAGUGGAGUGGGUCGGCGAGGGGAAGGAAGAGGCGUGCAGCAGAGGAGGGGAGGGGGGAGGAGAAGGUAAACGAGGGGAGCGCACGGGCGGGGAGGAGCGAAUGGCGGGCGGUGGGAAACGGCGAGGGGGGCAGGGAGGGUCAAAAGAGGCGGCAAGGGAGCGGGCACGCGGAGGGUGGGGGCGGGGGGGAGCGGAUGGCAUGAGGAGGCAGGGGGCUUGCCCGUGCGAAGAAACGCCCCGUGCGCACCACCGUUGGGCGGUUGGAAGCCGCACACGGUCGCGGGGGUGGAGAGCGGAAACGGGCAGCCGGGGGAGGGUGGGGGCGGUUGGAUGGGACUGGGGUGUACGGGGGGCAGGGGAGUUGAGGGGGCAAGGGGAGGGGCAGCAACGGGCAGGGGCUGGGCCAGCUGAGGGCACGGAAAAGGGGCGGGCAGAGGGUGAGCAGCGGGGCGAGCGAUGCAAGGGAGGCACCAUAGGGGGGAAACCAGUUGCACGGAGGUGGGAGGUGAGGGGCGUGCGAGGGGGUGGGAAAGGGGCAGGGAGGGGCGGAAUGGGAGGACGUGGGUGGGGGGUGGGGGAGGGGAGUGGAGGGGAGAAGCAAUGGGUGAGGGGAAAACAAGGGAGGGGCAGAGGGGGGGCAGGGAGGGAAGAAACGUGGGGCAGGGAGGGGAGAAGCCAAAGACAGGGGCAUGGGCAGGCGGGGGCAGGGAGGGAGCAAAGGAGAGGCACGGAGAAAGAAAGGGAGGCGCGGGGAGGGGAGAAACCGGGCGUGGGGGGGCGGAAAAUGAGGGGCAGGGCGGGGAGGAGGGAGGGGCAGGGAGGGGAGAAGCUGAGCACACGGAGGGGGGAAAGGUGGGGCAGGGAGGUAGGAAGCCAAGGGCAAGGGGGGGAGAGUGGGGGAGCAGGGAGAGGGGGGAGGUGGGGAGCGGAGAAAGGCGGCGAGGGGCAGGGAGGGGAGAAACCAAGCAUAGGGGGGCGAGAUACGAGGGGCAGGGUGCGGAUUGAGGAGGGGCAGGGAGUGGAGUGGGUCGGCGAGGGGAAGGAAGAGGCGUGCAGCAGAGGAGGGAAGGGGGGAGGAGAAGGUAAACGAGGGGAGCGCACGGGCGGGGAGGAGCGAAUGGCGGGCGGUGGGAAACGGCGAGGGGGGCAGGGAGGGUCAAAAGAGGCGGCAAGGGAGCGGGCACGCGGAGGGUGGGGGCGGGGGGGAGCGGAUGGCAUGAGGAGGCAGGGGGCUUGCCCGUGCGAAGAAACGCCCCGUGCGCACCACCGUUGGGCGGUUGGAAGCCGCACACGGUCGCGGGGGUGGAGAGCGGAAACGGGCAGCCGGGGGAGGGUGGGGGCGGUUGGAUGGGACUGGGGUGUACGGGGGGCAGGGGAGUUGAGGGGGCAAGGGGAGGGGCAGCAACGGGCAGGGGCUGGGCCAGCUGAGGGCACGGAAAAGGGGCGGGCAGAGGGUGAGCAGCGGGGCGAGCGAUGCAAGGGAGGCACCAUAGGGGGGAAACCAGUUGCACGGAGGUGGGAGGUGAGGGGCGUGCGAGGGGGUGGGAAAGGGGCAGGGAGGGGCGGAAUGGGAGGACGUGGGUGGGGGGUGGGGGAGGGGAGUGGAGGGGAGAAGCAAUGGGUGAGGGGAAAACAAGGGAGGGGCAGAGGGGGGGCAGGGAGGGAAGAAACGUGGGGCAGGGAGGGGAGAAGCCAAAGACAGGGGCAUGGGCAGGCGGGGGCAGGGAGGGAGCAAAGGAGAGGCACGGAGAAAGAAAGGGAGGCGCGGGGAGGGGAGAAACCGGGCGUGGGGGGGCGGAAAAUGAGGGGCAGGGCGGGGAGGAGGGAGGGGCAGGGAGGGGAGAAGCUGAGCACACGGAGGGGGGAAAGGUGGGGCAGGGAGGUAGGAAGCCAAGGGCAAGGGGGGGAGAGUGGGGGAGCAGGGAGAGGGGGGAGGUGGGGAGCGGAGAAAGGCGGCGAGGGGCAGGGAGGGGAGAAACCAAGCAUAGGGGGGCGAGAUACGAGGGGCAGGGUGCGGAUUGAGGAGGGGCAGGGAGUGGAGUGGGUCGGCGAGGGGAAGGAAGAGGCGUGCAGCAGAGGAGGGGAGGGGGGAGGAGAAGGUAAACGAGGGGAGCGCACGGGCGGGGAGGAGCGAAUGGCGGGCGGUGGGAAACGGCGAGGGGGGCAGGGAGGGUCAAAAGAGGCGGCAAGGGAGCGGGCACGCGGAGGGUGGGGGCGGGGGGGAGCGGAUGGCAUGAGGAGGCAGGGGGCUUGCCCGUGCGAAGAAACGCCCCGUGCGCACCACCGUUGGGCGGUUGGAAGCCGCACACGGUCGCGGGGGUGGAGAGCGGAAACGGGCAGCCGGGGGAGGGUGGGGGCGGUUGGAUGGGACUGGGGUGUACGGGGGGCAGGGGAGUUGAGGGGGCAAGGGGAGGGGCAGCAACGGGCAGGGGCUGGGCCAGCUGAGGGCACGGAAAAGGGGCGGGCAGAGGGUGAGCAGAGGGGCGAGCGAUGCAAGGGAGGCACCAUAGGGGGGAAACCAGUUGCACGGAGGUGGGAGGUGAGGGGCGUGCGAGGGGGUGGGAAAGGGGCAGGGAGGGGCGGAAUGGGAGGACGUGGGUGGGGGGUGGGGGAGGGGAGUGUGCGUGUGUGUGUGAGAAAGAGAGAGAGAGAGAGAGAGAGAGAGAGAGGGAAAGGGAGGGGGGGAGAGAAGGGUGGGAGGGGGGCUGGUGGUGCGGAUGGGCUGAUGGUGGCAAGAGGGCAGCAGGGAUGGGGAGAAGGGAGCGUAAGCGAGGGGAACGCAAAGGGCAGGGGGGGAGGAGGGGAGGGGCAGGGAGGGAAGAGGCUGAACGGAGGGGAGAAGCAAUGGGUGAGGGGAAAACAAGGGAGGGGCAGAGGGGGGGCAGGGAGGGAAGAAACGUGGGGCAGGGAGGGGAGAAGCCAAAGACAGGGGCAUGGGCAGGCGGGGGCAGGGAGGGAGCAAAGGAGAGGCACGGAGAAAGAAAGGGAGGCGCGGGGAGGGGAGAAACCGGGCGUGGGGGGGCGGAAAAUGAGGGGCAGGGCGGGGAGGAGGGAGGGGCAGGGAGGGGAGAAGCUGAGCACACGGAGGGGGGAAAGGUGGGGCAGGGAGGUAGGAAGCCAAGGGCAAGGGGGGGAGAGUGGGGGAGCAGGGAGAGGGGGGAGGUGGGGAGCGGAGAAAGGCGGCGAGGGGCAGGGAGGGGAGAAACCAAGCAUAGGGGGGCGAGAUACGAGGGGCAGGGUGCGGAUUGAGGAGGGGCAGGGAGUGGAGUGGGUCGGCGAGGGGAAGGAAGAGGCGUGCAGCAGAGGAGGGGAGGGGGGAGGAGAAGGUAAACGAGGGGAGCGCACGGGCGGGGAGGAGCGAAUGGCGGGCGGUGGGAAACGGCGAGGGGGGCAGGGAGGGUCAAAAGAGGCGGCAAGGGAGCGGGCACGCGGAGGGUGGGGGCGGGGGGGAGCGGAUGGCAUGAGGAGGCAGGGGGCUUGCCCGUGCGAAGAAACGCCCCGUGCGCACCACCGUUGGGCGGUUGGAAGCCGCACACGGUCGCGGGGGUGGAGAGCGGAAACGGGCAGCCGGGGGAGGGUGGGGGCGGUUGGAUGGGACUGGGGUGUACGGGGGGCAGGGGAGUUGAGGGGGCAAGGGGAGGGGCAGCAACGGGCAGGGGCUGGGCCAGCUGAGGGCACGGAAAAGGGGCGGGCAGAGGGUGAGCAGCGGGGCGAGCGAUGCAAGGGAGGCACCAUAGGGGGGAAACCAGUUGCACGGAGGUGGGAGGUGAGGGGCGUGCGAGGGGGUGGGAAAGGGGCAGGGAGGGGCGGAAUGGGAGGACGUGGGUGGGGGGUGGGGGAGGGGAGUGGAGGGGAGAAGCAAUGGGUGAGGGGAAAACAAGGGAGGGGCAGAGGGGGGGCAGGGAGGGAAGAAACGUGGGGCAGGGAGGGGAGAAGCCAAAGACAGGGGCAUGGGCAGGCGGGGGCAGGGAGGGAGCAAAGGAGAGGCACGGAGAAAGAAAGGGAGGCGCGGGGAGGGGAGAAACCGGGCGUGGGGGGGCGGAAAAUGAGGGGCAGGGCGGGGAGGAGGGAGGGGCAGGGAGGGGAGAAGCUGAGCACACGGAGGGGGGAAAGGUGGGGCAGGGAGGUAGGAAGCCAAGGGCAAGGGGGGGAGAGUGGGGGAGCAGGGAGAGGGGGGAGGUGGGGAGCGGAGAAAGGCGGCGAGGGGCAGGGAGGGGAGAAACCAAGCAUAGGGGGGCGAGAUACGAGGGGCAGGGUGCGGAUUGAGGAGGGGCAGGGAGUGGAGUGGGUCGGCGAGGGGAAGGAAGAGGCGUGCAGCAGAGGAGGGGAGGGGGGAGGAGAAGGUAAACGAGGGGAGCGCACGGGCGGGGAGGAGCGAAUGGCGGGCGGUGGGAAACGGCGAGGGGGGCAGGGAGGGUCAAAAGAGGCGGCAAGGGAGCGGGCACGCGGAGGGUGGGGGCGGGGGGGAGCGGAUGGCAUGAGGAGGCAGGGGGUGUGA